UAGUUUUUUCGUUAGAGAUAAGAUUAACAAUUUAAGGUACGCCCCACCAUAAACCAAUUGACUAUUAUCUUCUAGCCUUAUAAAAGAGACUCAAUUUUUCUACUAAAUUUCAAUUUACACAUACAAGUUGAGUGAAACUAAGUGUGUUAUUUGGUUUAAUUAAGAAGUUAAUUAGCAAGAAUGGGUUCUCUUAUGGCAGGUUGGGAUUCUCCUGUUUCUGAUCCUCAAACUAUGAAAUAUCGGAAAACUAAGUCAUUAACAAAGGAAGAGAUAGAAGCAUAUUGGAGAUCCAAAAAAACAGAUAGAAGAAGAACAUCAAAGAUAUAUCUCUAUGUUAUCCCCUCAAAGCCUAAAAAAGGCAAAUAUUGUAUUUGAGGAGGCAGCUAAAGCAGAACAAGAAAGAUUAAACUUGGGGGAACUUUCUGAUUUGGAAAGGGAGGAGAGUUUAGAUCAACUAAUCAAGAAAAAUGGAUGGUGGAUAAGUAGCAAUUGGGCACAUUUGAAUGAGCCACCAUUGAAAGAACCAGAAGGUGCAACUUACAAAUACGUGUCACAAUUUCACGUAGCCAAUAUGGCUAAUGGGUCCAAUACUAAACCCGGUCCAACCGGAAUCAAUGCUUGAAUCUUGAUCCAUCGUUUUGGCUUUAGACCGGUUGUUACUAUUUGCUUUUUUUCGUCAGUUUAGUUUAUGAUGACAAAGUUACUUUUAAUUCAAUCUGUGAAAGUCUCUGUGUCUGUAUAUAAAGUUAUAUUUGGAAUUUGGUAUUUUAGGUGUCGAUGUUUGUAAUGUUGGGAGUUGGGACAUACAUCUCGUUGUAGCAUAUUUUUUUUUCAUGGUACUUACAAUGAAGGUUGUAUGAUAUUUGUAUUUUCUUCUUGUAAUUUGCUUAGAAAUAUUAUCCGAGUAGUCAUAACGAAACUUUUGUAUGUUGGAUCA